CUACUUUCAUGCCCACGGGCUGCAAUAAUAACCUUCUCUGCACCGUAUAGCUGAAAUCUGUGUAUGCAUGCGUAACAUGUCCUGUUUGCGUGUGGUGCCGGUUCAAAACUUCAGAGCGAACCCAUGGUCCUUGUCCAUCCGUCGUCGUCCCUAGACGUCAACCGGAUAUCGAGACCGCACCUAACCCAUGAAGCAGUCCUCGUACGUUCGGUGCUGGCUUGGUCUCUUUCCAUUAGUAGUUUGCUUAACUCUCGGCCAAAUUAAGUCCUGCCUUACCUACCCGGCUGCCCGGCCAUUCUCUCCAUAUAUACCGUCCCUUCUCCUUGCCCGUUUCUCCCGUACCCAUUGAUUCGUCUCAGAGGCAAGCUAGCUCUCGAUUCCUAGCUUGCCUGACCGAGGUCGUUGGUGUGUUGAGCUCUGCAAAGCGUAAUCGAUGGCCGGGGUGGUGGAGGAGCUCGUGAAGAAGGCCGGCGGGUGCGCGGUGAUCGACGGCGGCUUCGCGACGCAGCUGGAGGCGCUCGGCGCCGACAUCAACGACUCGCUCUGGAGCGCCGCCUGCCUCAUCACCAAGCCGCAUCUCAUCAAGGAGGUUCAUAUGCAGUAUCUUGAAGCAGGUGCCGACGUCAUCAUUUCCUCGUCCUAUCAGGCAACUAUCCCAGGGUUCUUAGCCAGGGGAUUACGCCAGGAGGAGGCAGAAGGAUUACUGCGAACAAGCGUCCAUUUGGCGCUGGAGGCACGAGACGAAUUCUGGAAGUCGACGCUGACGAAGCCUAAGCCCAUCUACAACCGCGCCCUCGUCGCCGCGUCCAUCGGGAGCUACGGGGCCUUCCUCGCCGACGGUUCAGAGUACAGUGGAUCGUAUGGAGACAACAUCAUGGCAGAGAAGCUCAAGGACUUCCACAGGCGCCGGCUGCAGGUCCUUGCAAGCGCCGGCCCCGACCUGAUCGCGUUCGAGGCCAUUCCCAACAAAAUGGAGGCACAGGCUCUGGUGGAGCUCCUGGAAGAAGAGGACAUCCAGGUUCCUUCUUGGAUCUGCUUCAGCUCAGUGGACGGCAAGCAUCUCUGUUCGGGGGAGAGCUUCGGGGACUGCCUCCAGAUCCUCAACGCCAGCGAGAAGGUGGCUAUCGUGGGAGUGAACUGCACGCCGCCUCAGUUCAUUGAGGGGAUCAUUCGCGAGUUCAAGAAGCAAACUGGGAAGGCGAUCGCGGUGUACCCGAACAGCGGGGAGGUUUGGGACGGGAGAGCCAAGAGGUGGCUGCCGGCGGAGUGCUUCGGUCGCAAGAGUUUCGACGUCAUGGCGAGAAGAUGGCAGGAGGCCGGCGCCAGCCUCAUCGGAGGAUGCUGCCGGACCACGCCGUCGACCAUCCGGGCUGUUUCCAAGGCCCUCAAGGGCAGAGACCGGGCAUUGAUAUCUCUCGAGAGUUCAGAAUCGGUAUAAAGGCGUGUAUUGUUCCUCAGGUGUAGAAAAUCGAAUGGUUUGUGCUGCUACUAAUCGAAUUUGGGCACUGGUUAUCUAGUCUUACAUUCGGGCUGCUGCUGCUACUGCUACUGUUUGCGCCUCUAUUCUGUCUGGCAUGAUCAUGAUGCAAGAAUUAAAGGACAACGAACAAGUUACGCUGAACAAGUGACUUCUGGAGCGAAUUCAAACA